ACUACUGUUGUAUUUCCUGAAAAACAUAUCAUAUGGUCAUUGAGUUUUUUAUUAAAAAAAACUUUUUCCCAUUUAAAAUCUAUUUCGAUAGUUGUCACAAGAGUUUGAUUUUCGUCUAAAGAGUAAUUUAAAUUAAAAUAUCAUACUGAAAAGUGAGUGAUUAAAAAGUGAAGUACGUUAGAAGAGAACGUUCUCGUGACAAAGAGAAGCUGUUUGCCUUAUGGUCUCAAACUAAAAUCUGUUAUGUUUGAACCCAACUGUAGAAAGCUUAUUAAUAAACUGUGUGGUAUGAUAAAACCUUGUUAGAGUAUGUUGCAAACUAAUAAUGAUUAUCCGGACACGAUUCAGAAUAAUCAGCGCAACAAUAAACGGCCACGAUCGACUUCAAACGGAUCUACGAAACAUAAAUUUCGUAGUAAAAAAUCUCAUGAAAGGAAAAACAUAACGACUUCUCCGACGACUUCGAAAGAAUCAUUGUCUCAUGUUUCUUUAUUCGAAGAUACAGAAUCCGAAUCCAGUCAUGCUGAGUCGCUAGACAAUGAGCACGAUUUUUCUUCAUGCAAUAACAAAGUCUUCAAUAGUUCAGAGAAAGCAUCACGUCACAAAUUGUAUAAAAUGAUACAGAAAGUAUUGCAAAAAGAAAAAAAAAAUUCAAAUCUUGACGAUGCUAAAUCUUUAAAUUAUCCAAUUUAUCCAGAAACCUCAUUAUUCACCCUCUCUCAAGAAUAUAGAUAUCUUGCGUAUAAUUCCUGUGGUACAAUAACAAGCGUUAUUCACACAUCAAAAGAUUUAGAUGGUCCCAACGAGAAAGCUUAUACCUCCAAUACAAUCCACAUUAAUUCCUUGAUUGCGGGAGUCGGAAAUAGACACCAAACAUUUUCAAAUAACCACACUAAAUACAAUUUAGGUGCUAUUGGAAAGAAUGGAUUUGUUUUAGCUCGUGGAGCCAUCACGUCAGUAUACUUUGAUACAUCCCUCCACCUUAGUGACGAUGAUAUUGACGAAGACAUUCCUUCGAACGAUACUAUACCCAGUGACCCUAUCACAGUUCCAUGCGAAAACAUCACAACAGAUGAAGAAGAAUCUCUACUCGUUUAUCACCCUUUUACAACAUGGGGAUUGAUUUCUAAAGCGUCUUGGGAAAAAAAGUUUGAGAACUCAGAAAUUAUUCUUAGUCUUGCUAUUGGAAAUACAUUUGUUGCAAUACUUACAUCAAAUUGGAAUUUUUGUAUUUAUUCUUCUACCGGAUUAUCUCUUCACACUUCAUAUCUUAAUGGAUAUCCUGUAACUCUUAUUGCUAGGAAUGACUGUUUACUUGUUGCAUCACUCCAGUCGUUUUCUUCUAAAUUCCAUAGUUUUCAUUUUGAAUUACACAGGAUCCCUACAAAAACUCAACUAGUUUCAACAAAUUUUCACACUUCAGAAUCAUCUUCUUUAGUGUGGAUAGGCCUCAAUUCUCUAGGGUUUCCAGUCAUUGUGGAUAGAUUAGGGCGUGUUUUUGCUUUAUUCUCUACGUUUGUAGACAAAAACGUAAAGGGAAGCUCGACACAAUGGGUCCCUGUAUUAGAUCUGAAACAAUGUCUUUUUCCUCAUCAGUUACAAAUGCUUGUAGAUAAGAAUAAUUCAAAGGCGUCUAUUUUGAAUUUUUUCUGGAUAGCGUCAUCAAAAGAGUUAAAUUUAAACGUCUUUCGUGUUUCACGCCGUCAUCCUCAACCACAAUUAGAAUUUGUCAAAUUACGUACUCUUGCGUUUCGCUUACCUACAUCAAUAAGCUCCCGAUCUAUACCACUUUCUUACAUGGAGUGGAACGAGUAUAUUACUUCUGAUCCCAAUUUAAUAGACCAUUCGAAAGUCGCAUCAUUACCGUGGGAGUUUUUCGACGAAAUGCAGGAAAGGCUUUUAUUACUAACCACUUAUUUGAAAACAAAUUUCGAUACUGGUUUCAUACCUCCUGAAACUAUUAAGAAGUUGACCAAGCAACAAAUCAUACAAAGGGACAAGGCUCUUUUUCGCCUGUUUUUGAAAACAUUAGGAGAUGCCGAGCUUGAGCGAGCUCUUGAAUCGGCAACAUAUUUUACCCAUACGAAAACCUUAGAAAUUGCGAUUCAGCAAGCAGAGAACCGUGGCAGCAAAUCGCUUCACGAGAGACUGUGUUCUGAAGUAGAACAGCGUCAUAUACAUCAAAAUAGGAUAGAAUUGCGAAAUGGUUUAAAAACGUUACAUGCUACAACGCUUAGUUCUUUAAAUGGGGAACAUGCGACACAAAUUUCAACAUAUACGAAGCGCGACUCUGUAGCAGAGCAACUACGCCGUGAUAUAAAUUUAGCAUAAGAUCGACUUUCGUUGGUCUGCUACCCGUCUUUUCGUUGUUUGCAUGUUUUGACAAAUAUCUGUUCAGUCUUUAGUUUAAUUUUUUAACAAAGAAAAGGUUUUAUUCAAAAUUUUCAAAUUGUCUAAGUUUUAUAUUAUUUUUCGUAGACACAUAAA